AUGUCUUCUUUCAGCCGUAUCAAGAGAAUGGUGCUGGCGAAAGCUGACUUGAAAGGGGAGCUAACGACAUCCGACCUCUUCGUGGACGCAUCUUUCCCGCCAGAUCGUUCGUCCUUGACCUAUGUGUACAGCGGGGACGACAAGUAUGAGCGAACAGUUUUCCGUAGACCGAAGGUAUGUUGGAUUUUAAUGUUGAACGGUAUUUCCGAAGUGUAUGUUAAAAGGGCGUUUGAAAACUGUUUGCACUGCUGUUUGGAAUACCCUCCAGGGUAUUUUGAAAUGGUAUGUUGAAAAGGUAUUUUUGAAGGGGAAAAAAAUGUUGUAAUGAUAUGUUUACAUUGUUAACUAAAAAAAUAAUUGUAAGCGAAUUGUGUAAAGGUAAAGUGUAAGGGAGUUUUGUUCAGCUAUGGCACAUAAGUCGAUGUCUUCUAUUCGUUGGCAUUCAGUGUGCACUUUUUCUAAGGAGGGAAAAUGGUAAUAAGUCAUGGCCAUCUUCAUGGGUUUGUUAUAAUGGUAAUAUGUAAUGGCCAUCUUCAUGGGUUUGUUCCUAAGAAGAGGAAAUGAGUUGUUGAUUUGAUGGUUAUAGCUUCUGCCAAUCAUUCAUUUUAACUUCUGCCAGUUGUUCGUUAUAGUUUCUAUCAAUCUUUUGCUAUAGCUUCUGUCAAUCGUUUGGUGUGAAAUCUAUCAUUAACUUAGAUUUUGUUAAGUCCUAAAAGAAAACUGCGCCCUUUUAUCAGUAGCCAAUGAUUUAUAGUACGUGCGGUGUCAAUAAUAAUGAUGUAAUGUCUUUUGUCAAUAAGCUGUAAUGGAUUAAUGUGUUCAUUGUGUCAACAAUGUGUAUUGGAUUCUGUUUGGUCAAUAUGUUUUAAUGGAUUCAUCUUGUCAAUAAGGCGGGUCCAGCAUGGAAAUUCACUUGUAUUACUGCGCACCAACUACGGCGUGCCUUGUGUGUUCGCUUAGUAAAUGAACGCUAUUCGCUCCCGUGAGGCUUGUGACACAUCUGUUGUAUAUGUAUUGCUUGUGGUGUGGCGGCUUCCAUUUCUGGAUGGCGCGCAAAAUAUAAUUCCCGAAAAGGACGCUAAAUAAGUAUUAUGCAUCAAAAGAAUGUUACUACGAGUUUGAAUUAUUGUACGACGAGAUGUUAGAGAGGACCAGAUGAUAGGGAGUACCAGAUGUUGGAGAGGACCAGAUGCUAGAGAGGACGAGACGUUGGAGAGGACCAGAUGUUAGAGAAGUCUAGAUGUUAGAGAGGACCAGAUGUUAGAGAGGACCAGAUGUUGGAGAGGACCAGAUGUUAGAGAGGACCUGAUGUUAGGGAGGAUCCUGAUUUAACGUUAACAUUGCUCUUGAAAUAGGGCGUGUGUUCUGUUUAUGUUCUGAUUGUGUACUGAUUGUGUUCUGUUUUUGUUCUGAUUGUGUUCUGAUUGUGUUCUGAUUGUGUUCUGAUUGUGUUCUGAUUGUGUCCUGAUUGUGUUCUGAUUGUGUUCUGAUUGUGUUCUGAUUGUGAUCUGUUUGUGUUCUGAUUGUGUUCUGAUUGUGUCCUGAUUGUGUUCUGAUUGUGUUCUGUUUGUGUACUGAUUGUGUUCUAACUGUGUUCUGAUUGUGUUCUGAUUGUGUUCUGUUUGUGUUCUGAUUGUGUCCUGAUUGUGUCCUGAUUGUGUUCUGAUUGUGUUCUGUUUGUGUACUGAUUGUGUUCUGAUUGUGUUCUGUUUGUGUUCUGAUUGUGUACUGAUUGUGUUCUGAUUGUGUUCUGUGUGUGUUCUGUUUGUGUUCUGUUUUUCAGAUUAUGACGUUUACAUGUGUAAAAGAACUUGACGAGUGACAAUUAAACUUACGAAUGCGAUAACGUGUUAAUUGGGUUCAUUCUGUCGAUAAGUUGCAAUGGGUUCAUUCUGUCGAUAAGUUGCAAUGGGUUCAUUCUGUCGAUAAGUUGCAAUGGGUUCAUUCUGUCGAUAAGUUGCAAUGGGUUCAUUCUGUCGAUAAGUUGCAAUGGGUUCAUUCUGUCGAUAAGUUGCAAUGGGUUCAUUCUGUCGAUAAGUUGCAAUGGGUUCAUUCUGUCGAUAAGUUGCAAUGGGUUCAUUCUGUCGAUAAGUUGCAAUGGAUUCAUUUUGUCAUUUAAGUGUGAUAGAUUCAUUCUGCCAAUAACCUGUAAUGGAUUCAGUUCUUAUCAAUAGUUUUUAUUGGAUUCAGUUAUGUCAAUAAUGUGUAAUGGGGUUUCAUUAGAUCAAUAAUUACGUCAUGGGUUAAUUCUGUCAAUAAUUUGUAAUGUUGUCUAUUUCUACGAUAAUGUGAAAUAGAUUUAGUUCUGCCAACAAUUUAGCCGCAUGCAAUGUCACUACAAUUUGACAACUUGCUGUACAAAAAGAAAUCAAACUAUGAGUCAGCGGCGACUCGACAAUAUGAGUUGAGCUUAUUUAUCCGAGCAUAUCAACGACUAAACAAUAAGGCAACGGGUCAAGGUCAAUACUCAAUCAUUAUUAAGCCCCAUCCUAUCAGCACGAGAGGCAGACAUUUGUCUUCCUUGCCUGCCAUCGGAGUCUCGAAUCCCAAUGCAGUGCCAGGACAACAGACAUUUCUCCUUUUUAAUUCAACUGAAUUAUUUUUUUUUCCUCUGGCAACAUUUGGAACUUCGUUUGUGUCCAAUGAGAUUUCAUUAUUUAUUGAUUUUAUUUUUAAAAAAAGGACUUUUGUCGUAAAUACGUGAACAGAGCCACGGUGAAUUCUCGAAUGUUUUGAUUCUGAUCUUUCGAUAACAUCAACAAUGUAGAUGCUAUGUUGUGUUCAAAUUUUAAAAAUAAACUAUUAACUUUGUUUUCAGGUCAUACAAAUUAAUUUAAUUUUAUUUUUAUGGUUUUUUUUUUGUUUGUUUUGUUAAAGAAAUGGUGCAGGGUGUUGAAAGUUGAUCCUUUCCCUCCAUAUCUUCCUCCUGAAAUCCCUCCAUAACUCUCUGCUUAACUCCCUCAACUCCUUCCUUCAGUCCCUCGUUUAACUCCCUCCUUAAAUCCAUCAUUAACUCCCUCCAUAACUCCCUCCUUAAGUCCCUCAUUAACUCCCUCCUUAACCCCCCUCCUUAACGCCUGCCUUAAAAUCCCUCCAUAACUCCCUCCGUAAUUCCCUCCUUAACUCCCCGCUUACCCCACUCCUCAACAACCCCCCUACUCCCUUCUGAACUCUUACCCCCACUCACUCCCAACUCUUUCCCCAAUUUUUUCCUAAUAUUUUUGUCUGUCAGAUUCUGCAAACCAGUUGAUGUCUUUUAUUGACAUCCAGUGAGCUCAACCCCCCCCCUCCCACUCACGUACACCCCCCACACCUACCCCAUGAUAACAAAUCUAUAAAUAGAUUCCGUGUCCAUAAAUAUCCUUCGUACAGCCACCACUCGACUCCUGCCGCCCACAGUACAGCCAACACUUGACUCCUGACGCCUACAGUACAGCCAACUCUUGACUCCUGACGCCUACAGUACAGCCAACACUUGACUCCUGACGACUGCAGUACAGCCUACACUUGACUCCUGACACCUACAGUACAGCCAACUCUUGACUCCUGACGACUACAGUACAGCCAACUCUUGACGCCUACAGUACAGCCAAUACUUGACUCCUGACACCUACAGUACAACCAACACUUGACUCUAGACGUCUACAGUACAGCCAACAUUUGACUCCUGACGCCCACAGUAAAGCCAACACAUGACUCUAGACGCCUACUGUACAGCCAAAACUUGACUCCUGACGCCUACAGUACAGCCAACACUUGACUCCUGGCGCUCACAGUUCAAGCAGCACUUGACUCCUGACACCUACAGUACAGCCAACACAUGACUCCUGACGACUGCAGUACAGCCUACACUUGACUCCUGACGACUGCAGUACAGCCAACUCUUGACUCCUGACGACUGCAGUACAGCCUACACUUGACUCCUGACGACUGCAGUACAGCCAACUCUUGACUCCUGACGCCUACAGUACAGCCAACUCUUGACUCCUGACGACUUCCCCCCCGACCCCACCCCCCCCCCACCUGACGCGUGUUUCCUGUCUAACUCUGACUUUGUUCCCGUCCCUCCUACAGGAGAUCAGAGAGGAUCCCAAACUGACGGGACUCGGGGGUAUCUGCGACGAGCCAUUUCCCUGGCAACUGUGGAAGCAGCGUGGCUGGUUCCACGCCGCCCUGGUGGUGGUGUCUCUGAGCGUGCGUGCCUUGGAGCGGCUGAUUCCUGGCUUUAGGAACAAUGAACAAAACUUUGAUGCCGACUACAUUGGUACGUGCUUUAUUUUAAAGAAGGAAACAACAACAAAAAAAAAGAUUUAUUGAUCCGACUUUGUCAACCAGACAAAUUAUCUUCUUAAUUUGAUGGAGAAUUUUUUUUACUCUUAUUUGAUUAUUUUGUCUCCGAUAAAAAGAAGAGCUCUGAAUGUUUUGUUUGAGUUAAUUGUUCGUUAAUUUACGUUUAGACAACAACGAGUUCAAGGUCAAAUGAAGAUUUGGUUUAAAAUACCAAAUUUGACCCCCACCCCCCUUUUUUCUUCACUUUUUAGGGUUUAAAAAUAUUUUUUACAGUGUCCACUAUCAAUGUGCCCACUAGACAUGUGCCCACUACCCAUGAAUGGUAUUGACAACAUUUUCUUAAUAAGGCCCUUUCAUCAGCUCUGAUUUUUCUUUGUGUACACAUCUCAUGCGGGUGACCUCCAUGUCAUUUUUGUGUACCAACUGGAAGUGAUGUUUGGUACAAUACAUGACAUUUAUUCAAGUAGUACCUGAGCGAGUUGAACCCAAACGGUCUCAUUAGAGUGGGUUGGCAGUUGACGCGCAUCACCUCAAUAGUUAUUUGACUCCUGACGCCCACAGUACAAGCAACACUUGACUCCUGACGCCCACAGUCGAAGCAACAUUUGACUCCUGGCACCCCCAGUACAAGCAACAUUUUGACUCCUGACGCCCACCGUACCAGCAACAUUUGACUCCUGACGCACAUACUACAAGCAACAUUUUGACUCCUGACGCCCACCGUACCAGCAAAAUUUGACUCCUGACGCACACUACAAGCAACAUUCGACUCCAGACCCCCACAGUACAAGCAACACUUGACUCCUGACGCCUACAGUACAGCAAACACUGCGGUCUCAAAUAGAACUGAUCUAUAGAAGAUCACGCUUCACCACAACAGUUAGUUGACUCCUGACGCUCACAGUACAAGCAACUCUUGACUCCUGACGCCUAGAGUACAGCAAACACUUGACUCCUGACGCCCACAGUACAGCCAACACUUGACUCCUGACGCCCACAGUACAACCAACACUUGACUCCUGGCGCCCACAGUACAGCCAACACUUGACUCCUGACGCCCACAGUACAGCCAACACUUGAUUCCUGACGCCCACAGUACAACCAACUCUUGACUCCUGACGCCUACAGUACAGCCAACUCUUGGCUCCUGACACCUACAGUACAGCCAACACAUGACUCCUGACGCCUACAGUACAGCCAACUCUUGACUCCUGACGCCUACAGUACAGCCAACUCUUGACUCCUGACACCUACAGUACAGCCAACCCUUGACUCCUGACACCAACAGUACAGCCAACUCUUGACUCCUGAACACUACAGUACAGCCAACUCUUGACUCCUGACGCCUACAGUACAGCCAACUCUUGACUCCUGACGACUGCAGUACAGCCUACACUUGACUCCUGACGACUGCAGUACAGCCAACUCUUGACUCCUGACGCCUACAGUACAAGCAACUCUACGGCCUCAGAUUAAACAGAUCUAGAUUACGAUCAUUUCAAUUUUGACUGCAGUAAACCAAGUAAAAUUUGUGUUUAGAAAUACGAAGUCGAAGAAAAAACAAAAUUCUUGGCUCGGCCAUUUUAUUAUGUAAUUUCUUUUUAAAAAGAAAUUUAAAAAAAAAAAAAAAAAAUUUAAUGAACAUGUUUGAGUAUUUGCAACGUGUAAAGGUCAUCAUAGCUAUUAUAAAGUCUCAGCAUUCGAAAUACUAGGUCGCAUGGAACGAAGAAAACAAAAUUGAUUUUUUAACAAAUGAUAAUAUCUUUUAGCACCGUGCCUCCUUUUCUUCUCUCUUGGUGUUUUGUUUAAAUUUAGAUGGAUCUAAUAUUAAAUGUCUCGGUUCGUGUCUUUCGCAAUGAGUGUCGCCAAACAUUGCUGUUAUACACAAGAGCAGUGUUUCUUUCAGACAAUUUCCUGUGGGGCGCAUUUCAGACGUUUGGGGGGAAGGAGGAGGAGGGGGGGGCAGUACCAGUGGCCAGAGGCGUAGCCAGUGGGUGGCGGACGGAACAGACGUCCCCCGGGCGCCAGACUAUCAGGGGUGCCAAACGGGCUUCGGUGGUAUUUAAGGUUUGAAAAUAAUGCGUUUCAGAGUAAAAUGAAUCUUGUCCCCCCUUUUGCCAAACACUUGAGCUGCGCCUCUGCCUUUGGCGUAGAAAGGGGGCGAGUGGGGGGUGUUCCACCCAGGUGUCACUUUUUCUUUUUAAUUGGAGUGUGGCAUUUUCGGACAACUGCAGAGUUUGCAUCAUGGAAGAGAGAGCGGCAAACAUCUUUUGCCACCCAUGGCGCCACAAACACAAGCUAUGCCACAAGUCAGUCUCUUAGCGAUCAUUUUCAUCAGGGCGUAUGGAAGUAAUCGAGGGCGCCGAUAAAUAGUGAGUGGCUGAAAGGGGUGGGUGGAGGGGGUGGUGGAAAGGGAUCUGAAUCAAGCUAUGCCACAAGUCAGUCUCUUAGCGAUCAUUUUCAUCAGGGCGUAUGGAAGUAAUCGAGGGCGCCGAUAAAUAGUGAGUGGCUGAAAGGGGUGGGGGGUGGGGGUGGUGGAAAGGGAUCUGAAAAUUGUCGAUUAUUUCAAAAUCAAGAGGUGCAUUUAGGAAUAUAAUUGAUUUCUAUUAGAUUUUUUGAUCGGGGGAAAGAAAUAUGUAAAGGUCUGGGGCAGGCAUUAUGGCACCCAAUGGCAAACAUUAACUGAAUUCACUCAGGCAGUGGCGUGCCCCAAGGUACUCAUUAGACACACGCUUAUAUUUAACACCAUACUAUAAUAUUGAUCAACGUGAGGUAAGGGGUGCAGAAAUUGAGAGUGCCCAUCACAGUUGGGCAAAGUCAAAAAGCAAGGGAGCAUUUUGGUGCCUACUUGGAUUCUAUUUUUAUUUUAGACAAUUUUGAGGUGGAAUUUCAAACUUUCGGGUGGGAAGCGCCAAAUGUAGCCUUGUUAAUGAUCAAAGAUAUAUCUAACUCCAGCGGAACAUGAAUUUAAUCCAUUCCAUUUGUGUCGCUCUUGAGGGUGUGUUUUUGCCCUAGCUUAUUCGCUCCCCUUAAAUCUUAAGAGUCCCUAGAAACUUUUUCAUCAAUUUGAAAUACAAGUAUGCAUUUUGGUACUUACCUGAAUUAAUGCUGCAACAUUCUUAAUUAGAAGACAACGGAAGAGAUGCCUGCUAAAAAAUGUACACGUUUUCCCCGUUGUGGGGCGAUUGACGUGCUCCGGGGUGGGGGGGGGGGCCAGUGCCCCCGAGGAGAUCAAAAUAAAUACCGUUCAAGAGAACAUGGUUGUAUUUUAUUGGUGUAUCGAUGACACAGACAUUGACAGACUCUGUCAAUAACUUGUCUUUUUAUCUCUAUGUUUCCACAGCUAUGACAAAAAAAUAAUGGUUUUUAUUGAUUGACAUCAGCAUUUUAGUUCUGAGGAAUUAACUUUAACAGGAACCGCUGCUUCACGUCAACUUUCGAAUGCAUAACUUAUUUAUGUAACAUUAAGGAAGAAACAUUUCAAUUAUUCAUCAAGUAUUCACUUUAAAAUUUACAACAAGUGUCCCGCCAUAACUCUUUAACACCUUUUAUCCCACAUGACAAUCACGGUGUGUUAAAACUGUUCCCCUUUACUGUUUUGAAAAAACCUCUUUCCCGUAUCUUUUCAGGACACCACUAAAUCUAUAGAGCUGAAAUAUUGCUCAGAGUCUUGUUACAGACUUGUAACAGUUUGAGCGUUCAAAAUUUUGGAAGUUUUUUUUAAAUUUCUCAACAGGAACGACAUUGGAAAUGUUUUUAUGGGCGUGGCGCGGAGAUUUAAACGUCCCAACAGUCACGUUUUGUUUUUGUUUAAGUGAUUGUGAUGUGUUUAAAAAGGCGUCUGUGAUGGGUUUAAAAAGGCGUCUGUGAUGGGUUUAAAAAGGCGUCUGUGAUGGGUUUAAAAAGGCGUCUGUGAUGUCUGUGAUGGGUUUAAAAGGCGACUGCAAUGGGUUUAAAAAGGUGACUGUGAUGUGUUUAAAAAGUCGUCUGUGAUGUCUGUGAUGGGUUUAAAAGGCGACUGCAAUGGGUUUAAAAAGGUGACUGUGAUGUGUUUAAAAAGUCGUCUGUGGUGGGUUUAAAAGGCGACUGCGAACGGUUUAAAAAGGUGACUGUGAUGUGUUUAAAAAGGCGACUGUGAUGCGUUUAAAAGACAAAUAAUUCAACGCCAUAGGUUAUCAUGGAAAUUAUUUCUUCAAUUACAUUUAAUAGAAAGUAAAAUAGUAACAUUUCAAUCUGUUCAACUGUCUACAAGCUUUGUUCUAUCAGCUUUGAUCUACCAGCUUUGUUCUACAAGCUUUGUUCUAUCAGCUUUGAUCUACCAGCUUUGAUCUACCAGCUUUGUUCUACCAGCUUUGUUCUAUCAGCUUUGAUCUACCAGCUUUGAUCUACCAGCUUUGAUCUACCAGCUGUGUUCUAUCAGCUUUGAUCUACCAGCUUUGUUCUAUCAUCUUUGAUCUACCAGCAUUGAUCUACCAGCUUUGUUCUACCAGCUUUAUUCUAUCAGCUUUGAUCUACCAGCUUUGUUCUAUCAGCUUUGUUCUACAGCUUUGUUCUAUCAGCUUUGUUCUACCAGCUUUGUUCUAGCAGCUUUGUUCUAUCAGCUUUGUUCUAUCAGCUUUGUUCUACCAGCCUUGCUCUACCAGCUUUGUUCUACCAGCUUUGAUCUACCAGCUUUGCACUACCAGCUUUGUUCUACCAGCUUCGUUCUACCAGCUUUGUUCUACCAGCUUUGAUCUACCAGCUUUGCACUACCAGCUUUGUUCUAUCAGCUUUGUUCUGCCAGCUUUGUUCUACCAGCUUCGUUCUACCAGCUUUGUUCUAUCAGCUUUGUUCUACUAGCUUCGUUCUACCAACUUUGUUCUACCUGCUUCGUUCUACCAGCUUUGUUCUACCAGCUUUGAUCUACCAGCUUUGCCUCCGCCUAUCAUCCCACUAAUAAUGGGCUCAAUUAGAGUCGAUGUACGCAUGACAGGGGUGAUAUACACAUGACAGAAUUGACACACAUGACAGAGUUGAUACACAUGACAGAGUUGACACCUAUGUGACCUCAGCAGACACCUCUUUGUACUCAGAACACACCUCUGUGUACUUAGAAAACUCCUCUGUGUACUUAGCACAUACACCUGUGUACUCAGUACACACAUCUGUGUUCUUAGAACACGCCUCUGUGUACUUAUUACUCAACUCUGUGUACUUAGCACAUUCCUAUGUGUACUCAGCACACACCUCUGUGUACUCAACAACACCUUCUGCACUCAGCACACUUUUCUGUGUAUUUAGAACACACCUCUGUGUACUUUAGCACUCCCCUCUGCGCACUUAGCACAUACCACUGUGUACUCAGUACACACCCAUGUGUACUCAGCACCUACCUAUUUGUACUUAAGACACAUCUCUGUGCACUUAACACUCACCUCUUUGUUCUUCCCAUAAAAUUCAAACAUUGUUGAAGUGUACUGGUUUGUAGUGAACGCUUGGCGAUGUAUGUCUUAAGCUCAUUAAUUGCCUGCUGUUCCUCUCUAUUGCGGUUCUCGUACUUAAAGGUCAAAGGUCAAGCCAGGAUCUCUUUUUCACUACACAUUUUCUCGUGCAUCUUAUAGUUCUUAUAUCUAUAUUAGCUGUUAUUAUGUGUAUAGCUGCUGUUAUUGUAGGUACAUGAGCUGUUAUUAUAUGUUUUGUAGCUGUUAUUAUAUGUAUAGAGCCUGUUAUUACAUGUAUAGUAGCUGUUAUUAUUACAUGUAUAGUAUCUGUUAUUAUUUCUAUAGUCGAUGUCAUUAUAUGUAUAGUAGCUGUUAUUAUAUGUAUAGUAGCUGUUAUUAUAUGUAUAGUAGCUGUUAUUAUAUGUGUAGUAGCUGUUAUUAUAUGUAUAGUCGAUGAUAUUAUAUGUAUAGUAGAUGUUAAUAUAUGUAUAUUAGCUGUUAUUAUAUUAUAGUACCUGUUUUUACACGUAUUGUAGCUGUUAUUAUAUCUAGAGUCGAUGUUAUUACAUCUGUAGUAACCGUUAUUACUGUAACGAGACAUCAAAUGGCCAGAUGAUCUUUUCCUAAAUCUUUUCAAUUCUUCUGACAGUGUCAGUGACGCCACCUUGUUUUGAUGUGCCCCACGAAACACAGUGGAUAAGAAACUGUACAAUUCUCAAAAUACCUAUACGGGCAAUUGAUUAUUUAAAUGUUACAUGAGAUAUGCAACAUAAUUCUUAAAUAGACCUACUAUCUCAUUGAGUGUACGCGCGAUAAAGGGGGGAUAAAUGCGAACAAAACGCUACACCAGGUUACCAGUGCUGUCAUGGGUGUAUGUUACUUCUCAGCUACCCGUUGGUGUGCCUCACUGUGGCCCUGUCGUCUUAAAUUAUGACUGGUUCUCUUAACUGCUGGUGGUCGCAAAGUGUCGGUAUCUGUCCACUUUCAACAUGGCUCCACGCUUGACUAUUCCAGAAACAUAUUAGAAAUCACCUGCACUACAUAACACUAUACAAGGCCUCUGCUUUCAAUUUGAUGUGGCUCUUUAAUUCUAUCACUACAUAAGUCUUCUACGAACUCAACCUCCAAUACAGCUUCUAACUCCAAACAUACUCUUACCUCUACAUGAUAUUCCAUGGCAUGAACUUUUACAAUGUCAUAGGCCAAGCACAUGAGGCAAGUUUGAUGCGAGGACUGCAGCACAGUCAUCAGUGAAGUAGCUGAAUUUCUAGUGGCCGAUAUACCUGAGGGCCCCUUCGACGUUUAAUCACCAUAAAACCUCCCACUAUAACACAACACCUCCAACCAUAACAUCUCCCACCAUAACACCUCCCACCAUAACACAACACCUCCCACCUUAACACCUCCCACCAUAACACAACACCUCCCACCUUAACACCUCCCACCAUAACACCUCCCACCAUAACACAACACCUCCCACCAUAACAUAACACUCCCACCAUAACACCUCCCACCAUAACACCUCCCACCAUAACACCUCAUACUAUAACUUCUCCCAGUGGUGGACAUACUCGUAGAUUGUAAUUAAAGUCUGUUAUCUCUCUAUAACAAACGCCAGCCCCCCCCCCAUCCCCCACAUUCACGAGAGUCAGUGACAUAGUAAACAUGUCUCCGUGAAGCUGCGACCAAUGUUCCCUUUAAGAUGCGCAACUGCGCGGCCGCGCAGCCAUCUCACAGACGCCGCGCAGCAGUUUUGAGUAUCCGCGCAGCAAAUUUUCAUGCAACUGCGUGUUUGUAUUUGUGGGAUGUAAAAUUUUGCACAUAAAAAAAUCGAUCCUACAAAACUCUGCACACAACUGUAUGAUUUUGCACACGAACCAGCAAACCUUAGAGGGAACAUUGGCUGCGACCCGUCUACACCCCUACCCCCUUGCAUGUCACCAUGCCCUCAGAGAAUCACUGUUCAUACCGUACCCACCCGUACCCACCCUCCCACGCUCUGUAGUGCUGUUAAGUAUUUGAUCAUGACAGCAACGUUCGCACUGUGACAAUGGCGUAGACAAAUAUCACCAAAUGUCACUUUCUAUUGUUGCGCUUGUCAUGAUAUUGUAACCCCUCUAGAAUGAUCCAACCUUCCAAGAGGAUUGCAAUGUUCACUUGAAAUAUGGCACUGGUUAUUUUCUGCCAUAUUUUGUGGGAAUAUGGCAUUGUUAUUUUCUGCCAUGUUUAGUGGAAAGAUGGUACUGUUAUUGUCUGCCUAGUUUAGUGGAAAUAUGACGCUGUUAUUUUCUGCCAUGUUUACUGGGAAUAUGGUACUGUUAUUGUCUGCCUAGUUUAGUGGAAAUAUUACGCUGUUAUUUUCUGCCAUGUUUAGUGGGAAGAUGGCAAUGUUAUUUUUUCUUUUAUUUAAAAUCGUUAUUAUUUUCCAGAAUUUGUUUCUCAACUGAUGUCAUGACUCGUGUAAUAAUAAAUACAUAUUAAAUCAAAAGUUUUACCUUGGAAAGUAGGUUUUUGCUCUUUUCAUGUUUAAAUUGUAGACCUAUGUAUUUUAAAUAUCUUACCUUCCAUUAUUGAUAUGCUACCACUCAAACAGAUAUCUUACAUGCCCUUAUUGAUAUGCUACUAAUCAGAUAUCUUACGUGCCAUUAUUGAUAUGCCAAUAAUCAAACAGGAUGCUUCCACUUCCACAUGUGGCGGUUUGGAGAGUGGGUGGACAUUGUGGUCGACGACAACCUGCCGAUGUUGGAUGGCUUCCCUUUGUUCUCCAAGCCCCUGGGCAGUGCCGGCGAGAUGUGGGGACCGCUGGUGGAGAAGGCCUACGCCAAGUAAGCUUCUGUUUGCUCUUUCAAGCGUCUUACAUCUGAUGAUGGGGUGACCUUUGGGGGGAGGGGUGGGAUGGAGGCUGGAAGAUCAGUUUGUCACACAUACAAACACACUUUCAAACACAUAAACAAACACUCACACACACAAUGACACACAAACAUACACACACACAAUGGGCAAUUCAUUCAUCAGUCCGUGAAAUGACGGCUAGGCCGUGUAAUCGAUUACGUGGAGUCGGAUUGUUGUUGUCCAACAGAAAACCCAUCCCCUUCAGUUGGAAUGCGUGUUAUAUGUUGAAAAUAAAAGAUUGCGUGAAGUCCGCCAUUAGAAUUCGAUCAUUAGAAUGCACUAAAACACUAUUUUUAAAAAAAAUUGGGAUGUGCCCUUCCCGUGUCGGGGUCGGGGCAAGGCUGCUAUCACACAUUUCCUUUAAAUUAACCCAUUUCUGCCGUGGAAAGAGUAGAAAGGAUGGUUAAGAAAGUGCAACAUGCUGUAAGCCAUGCCUCCUCCCCCCACCCCCCCCCCCCCUCCUCCACAUGUCAAUCUGCCCUUCAUGGCCGCCAAGAAGCCAACCAGCCUCUGAUUGGAAGCCUGAAGAUCGCCGAGACCAGAGCGACGCAAAGCGUGUGUUGAACAAAAAAAAAAAAGAAAAGGCAAAGAAGGAGAUCUGUCUGUGGCUUGUCAUGCUGCACAUUGGACUGGGGUUAAAAUUGAAAGUUAUUGACAGGAAUCGUUUGGUUCAGCGAUGCGUUCAAAUAUGAGGGGUUGAAGUGUGUGUGUGUGUGUGGGGGGGGGGUGAAAUGUGCAGGGUUAAGGUGGGGUGAUGAGGGAGGUGAAGGAGGAGACUUUUUUUUAAAAAAUUGCUUUUUGUUUUUUAAAAUAAAAAUGGGUUUUCAAGCAACCAAGAAACUCUAGUUUCCUACACUCAUUUCAUCCAUUAUUAUGGCACAGUAGUUAGCAGUGGUGGGGAGCAGAUUACAGAUUUGAAUUUUUGCAGGCAUUUUUUUUUUUUUACAGUGUGCAAAGAUGUUUCUAUAUCUUAGUAUAUUGUAUCAUCAGAACUGUUAAAUGUUAGCUAUCUCAGUGAACAGCCAAUAACCCUUAACUUUAAAAAAAAAAUCUGUACUACUAUUAUAUCAAAGUCUAAUUCACAUCUUCCCCAUGGGGGGUUGGGGGGGGGGGUAAUUGCAUUGUAAAGAUCUACGGCAUUUUGUACAUGUGUGUUUAUUCUAUGAAAAUUUGUAUCAUCAGAACUGUUAAAUGUUAGCUAUCUCAGUGAACAGCCAAUAACCCUUAACUUUAAAAAAAAAUCUCUACUACUAUUAUAUCAAAGUCUAAUUCACAUCUUCCCCAUGGGGGGUUGGGGGGGGGGUAAUUGCAUUGUCAAGAUCUACGGCAUUUUGUCAAUGUGUGUUUAUUCUAUGAAAAAUUUAUGUGAUACAUUUUUAGAUAUAGUAUUUUAACCUCUUAUGCAUUGCAUUUCUUGUGGAUCAUCCUCAUCUAAAUAUCUUUGCUUAGCGUGAUUUUGAUCCAUUUUAUGUUACCAGACGAUUAUUUUUUACCAGGAUUCUACUGAAUCCAUUUUGCGGGCACACGAUUAAAAAAAAAAAAUUAUGAAAAGCACAAUGUAAACGCCACGUCUCACUCAUUGACCUCUGUGUCAUCCCCAAUGUAGAUGCAAGCGGACGUUCCAGGCCAUCGAGUACGGCUUCACGCUGGACGUGCUGACGGAUCUGACCGGAGCUGUGUGCGAGUUCUUCAUCCCAGACAUUGACCCGCCGUCCAACCUGUUCCACAUCCUCUACAAAUCCGCGACGUGCAGGUCGCUGAUGGCGUGCUGGAGGAACAACAAGAGACUCACGCCUGCCGGGUUCAACUGGACAGACGACAGUGGGGUAAGGUACAAGAGACUCGCGCCUGCCGGGUUCAACUGGACAGACGACAGUGGGGUAAGGUACAAGAGACUCGCGCCUGCCGGGUUUAACUGGACAGACGACAGUGGUGUAAAAUUAUAAUGGUUCUAGAGCCACUGGCGUCUUCUGGGAUCAGCUCUGCUUCAGUGAAUGGAGUACAUCCCAUUUUGAAAACAAAAACACAUGAUUUUCGUUAGUGACACAAUAGAUCGGCUUGGUUUUUGUUCCUGUUUACGCCAGUUGUUUGUCCACACGUAAUCAUCGACAAUGCCGUGGAUUUCCGGGCCAUUUAAACUACAGAAAUCAAACGUAUAAUAAAAUGUCUGUAAAAAGUCUGAGGUCCAUUACUAAAUGGUUAAAUGGAUCAUAUUAACAGUCGAUUCUAGGGAACAUCCUUUGUGACAAAAGAAAAAGUAUGUGCAAUUAAUAUUGUUCAAGUUUUGGUCUAUAGGGCUUGUCAUUUAAUGGCGGAAAUCUAUUAAUAGAACUGAUGUCACCAUUACUGAUCAUCCGGGUACUCAGCGCGGACAAAAUGUCAACACUGUACAGUAUUACUAUGCUAGCGGAGUGUCCCUGAAACUUGUUUAGAACUCUAUUUUACGAAAUACUUUACACAUUUUUUUUACUUCUUUUUUCUGAAAUGGGACUCCAUUGCGCGUACGACCAGAUGUAACAGUAACUCUAGAUACAAAGAUCGUCCGAACGAUAUGCUGAAACACACUAUAAGCUGCCAUGUUUUAAGCAAUAUUUGUCCGCCGACCUCCUAAAAAUAGUACGCUAUGACGUUUUCCGGUCUGAGAAAUGACAAAGCCUAUUGCAGUAGCUUGACCCUUGAAAACACAUUCCUAGUUUCAUUGUUUCGUUGCGGUUUCUUAACCCUCCUGUUGGUUUGUUCUACGCCCUGUCUGAGCUCUUCAUUCUCCUGUUAGUGUGAUUUAUCUAUAUCCAAUCUGAAAACGUGUUCAAAGUGUUCUUCCCCCAGCUCUUGCUUUGCUCUUUAACGUAAUGUUUCAUCAAGCAGCUCUCUGUUAACUCAGUGAGACUAUAGAGACAAUAGAGACCAGACAAACCGGAACGAACCACUGAAGAAACAGAAGUUGGUGUUUAAUUGUAGGCUUCUCUGUUUAACAAAAAAAAAUUGGGGACGGCACGCAAUCAAGAGUUUACAAUCAUGACAUAACAAUCAUGAGUUUACAUUCAUGACUUUACAAUCAUGACUUCACAAUCAUGAGUUUACAAUUGUGACUUUACAAUCAUGACUUUAAAAUCUUGAGUCUACAAUCAUUUUACGUUUCAUUUUAGAAGAAAUCAGAAAUCUCCCUUCCUUCUUCCCCCCCCCCCGACACCCCCACCCCCCCCCAAAAAAAAAAAAAAACACACAAAAAAACCAACGGAGAAUGGCUUCAUUACCCAGCACAGAUCUUCAUUUUAUUUGUGAGAAAUUGUGGCAAAAAUAGAAACAUGAAACAUUGAGGAAUUAUAUUUUUGAAAUUUGUGAGGAUGGCUGUAAUAUAAAUAUAGAUAGAGACCACUGUUGGGUCACAUAACGGGAAUGGCUGUAAUAUAAAUAUAGAUAGAGACCACUGUUGGGUCACAUAACGGGAAAGGCUGUAAUAUAAAUAUAGAUAGAGACCACUGUUGGGUCACAUAACGGGAAAGGCUGUAUUAUAAAUAUAGAUAGAGACCACUGUUGGGUCACAUAACGGGAAAGGCUGUAAUAUAAAUAUAGAUAGAGACCACUGUUGGGUCACAUAACGGGAAAGGCUGUAAUAUAAAUAUAGAUAGAGACCACUGUUGGGUCACAUAACGGGAAAGGCUGUAUUAUAAAUAUAGAUAGAGACCACUGUUGGGUCACAUAACGGGAAAGGCUGUAUUAUAAAUAUAGAUAGAGACCACUGUUGGGUCACAUAACGGGAAAGGAUGUAAUAUAAAUAUAGAUAGAGACCACUGUUGGGUCAAAUAACGGGAAAGGCUGUAUUAUAAAUAUAGAUAGAGACCACUGUUGGGUCACAUAACGGGAAAGGCUGUAAUAUAAAUAUAGAUAGAGACCACUGUUGGGUCACAAAACGGGAAAGGCUGUAAUAUAAAUAUAGAUAGAGACCACUGUUGGGUCACAUAACGGGAAAGGCUGUAAUAUAAAUAUAGAUAGAGACAACUGUUGGGCCACAUAACGGGAAAGGCUGUAUUAUAAAUAUAGAUAGAGACCACUGUUGGGUCACAUAACGGGAAAGGCUGUAAUAUAAAUAUAGAUAGAGACCACUGUUGGGUCACAUAACGGGAAAGGCUGUAUUAUAAAUAUAGAUAGAGACCACUGUUGGGUCACAUAACGGGAAAGGCUGUAAUAUAAAUAUAGAUAGAACCCACAGCAAGGUCUCAUAGCCGACGAUUUUAAUCAACUGAAUUCUAACAAGAAUUUUUCCCCAGAUUUAAUUCUCCCCCCAGCCCUCCACCUCAACCCCCCCCCCCACACACACUCUCCCUAUAAAAGCUGUUGAACACUGACCAUUAAAAGUAAUUAUGUCAAAGAUUUUAUCAUUGAAUAUCUUAAAUAUCCUUCACAAUACGAGAAACAGAACGACCACUUCGAUAAAUGCUCAAACAUAAAAAAUGUAAAAAAAUCACGCUUCAUUUUGAAAGGGCAAUUGGGAUGGGAGAGUACUCAGGAAAUAUCAGAGCAAUUAAGCUCUACAAAUUGCUUUAACAAGUAUUUCUCCAGGCACGGCGUGACCCAAUUUCUAAAGCCCAGAGUUUUUUUUAACAUAGAAAUGUGGUCUCUCUCUCUCUCUCUCUCUCUCUCUCUCUCUCUCUGUCUGUCUGUCUCUCUCUCUCUCUCUCGCUCUCUCUGUCUCUCUGUCUGUCUGUCUCUCUCUCUCGCUCUCUCUCUCGCUCUCUCUCUCUCUCUCGCUCUCCUUCGUUCUCUCUGAUUCCCUCGUUCUUUCUCGUUCUCGCUUUGUGUUUCUUUCUCUGACCGUCUCUCUUUCUUUAUCUCUCUUUCUCUUAUCUCCAUCUGUUACUUUGUGGUUUUUUUUCCUCCUCUAUGUCCUCUUUUUUUUUUAACUAUCUGCCUCUCUUUCUUCCUCUCCCUCUCCCUCUCUCUCUCUCUUUAUGUAAAUUGCCUCGCCCUCUCGUCCCUUAUUUCUCUCUCUUUCCAUCUCUCUCUCUCUUUCUCUCCCAGUCUCUGUGUUUUCCCUCCAUUGUAUCCUUACAUUGUUCACUUCUCCUCAGAGCUCGGACAAAGAACGCUACCUCCACAUUAUUACAGCCGUCACAAAGGUAAGCUACCCUGGCUCUAAUCGAUUUGUGUCCCUUCAAGUAAGAAGGAAUUAUUCAUUAGUGACCCAUUCCAUUGUAAACUUAUGCAAUGGAAAGGGUGAGGCCAGCGCUCUGUCUAGCACUGGACGGCACGAUUUCUAAGGACAUGCCCAUGCCGAGGUAUUGAAAUAUUUUGAUGAAUCAAUGGGUUACCGCCAUUCGGAAAUGUUUCUGGAUAAUAAUUGAUUAAUAAAAAAUUACUUUGUUUACACAAACACGUCCAUAAAAAUCUGGCGCGCGAGAGUUAAAGAAUCCCUGAGCUUCAAAGGGUUAAUUAUUAACUCAUCUCCCUCGUUACUUGGGGGGUGGUCAAUGAAAGUCAGAACGAGGCAGUGACCUGGCUUCUCGUCACGUGUUGUUUUAAAGUUUGCCAGUGAAACAGAAGACCAGGCACAGGUGCGGGGAAUGACCGUAACCACGACAACAGUGUAAACAGUUGUUGGUAAAGGUCAUGACCCUCGUUGCCCUCCCCAUCACGCGAUUGGUGGAUGAAGUUGUCAAAGUGACCCCAAGAUAACACACUGAGAUUCAAGGACGUCACGUUAAGUGAUCGUCUUUUUAAAAAAAAAAAAAAAAUAAAUAAAUGUCAAAAUCAUUUCAUACAUUUUUUUUAAAGCCAUAAAAGAUAGCGAUUCUCAAACGCUGGUACACGUGAAGGCCCCUUUGGAAGUACACAGAGUCCAAUUCACCAAAAUAGGAAAAUGGUGGUGCAUGAAUUUAUUGUUGAUUAUUUAAGUGGUGCAACGAACAAAAGUCUGAGAAUCCAUCUCAUCUAUACACCUCUUACUUCACUGAAUCUUGCAUUCAGUCUGCGUAUGAAUAUUUUUUUUCCCCUUAGGUCUAAUUCAGUCAAAGCGCUUGCACGUCACCUUCAUACCGAACGUCAUGAUGUUGAUCGUUGAUAUGUAUUGAUUAUAAAAUUAUUUAUCUUGCAAUGUGUCUAUUUAUUGAUUGAUCUAUAGUGUGUGCUUUAAAAAAAAAUAAUUAAUAAAACGGAUUCCUUGUAAUGUAAUUGCUCCUCAAUAAAAUAGUUUUAAAUCUUUCCAUAACGAUUUCGAUUUUUUUUUUUUCGUGUGUUUCUUUCUGGCUGGGUGGCAAAAUCUUCGGAUGGCUCAUUGACCCACCUCCCGUCAACCUAUCGAACUGAAACGAGGCGCGUGGACUCGUUGUCGACAACAACACACUCUUUCCAGAUUUUCAGCCCCACCCCCGACCCCCCAAAAUCAGGUGUUUUUUUUCCCUGCCCUUUCAAGUGGAAUAUGCAGAACAUAUGGUGACACCGAUUUCACGAUUCAAGGUGCCUUGAUAACUGCGCUACGUGAGAUUCUCUUUUUUUUUUAAAUAUCGUAAGUGCGUUUGGUGCGUGAUCGUUUCUUUUCGGGUUUUUGUUUUUUCUGAAAUAGUCGGUGCAGUAAAUCUGCGGUGUAACAGCGGGGGGUGGGGGGGGGGGGGGGGGGGUCAUUAGAAUAUUAAUAUGAAAAUAAAAUAAUUAAAUAAUUUAAAAAAUGCAUAUAAAGGAUUAAAACUUUUUAUUUUUAGGGUUUGUUUAUUUGUUGGGGUACCUCUCUCCAAUAUUUCAUUUUGUUCUCUAAAGUUGAGAAAAUAUUUCAUUUGAAUUGAAAUUUCCCCAAAAAGGGCGUCUGUGAAUAUUUAAACACCGUCUGUUGGUCAUAAACAUCCAGUUUGCCAUAAUCUCUAAACAGGGGAGUAAGGCGUCUGAGGGCGGAGAGACCUGGGUUUUAAAGAUUUAGAAAAAAAAAAAUCUUAGGUACUUCUUUCACGUUACUUGUUAAGGGAAAUUGUAUUAAAGACAACAAUGAUAUGAAAACUUCUAAUCAAAUAGUUAUUAUUUAUUAAUGAAUAGUUCUUAGAGGCACCAGUUUGCAAUCUGCGCCAAACUCGGGCUUACAAGGUCGUUCAGGUCAUCUGAGCCAGGACAUGGGAUCAGGACCAGAUCGCACUUUGUUGACCUCGGCGGCUUAAUUUCGGUCUCCGUUGACGCAAACGAGUGCAUUCAUUUUUGUGUGUUAAACUUUCAGUGUUAAACUUGGAGUGUUAACCGAUGAAACGAGUUCAAAAAAUAGUUCAAAAUAUUUACAACAUAUCCAUCCGCUGCUCGUUAAAAUUGACACUAUUGUUCAGGUUUACGUUGACAAGGAACUUUUUUUUCUUUUUUGAAAAAUUUGUAGCGCAGCAAUUUAAUAUAUUUAAUAUAUUUAAUAUAUAAACACGAUAUUAUGUUGUAUAGAGAAGUAUCUCACAUGGUGAAGUACUUUAUCUAUAAAUAUAGGAGGAUGAGGAUGGUGCUUUAUUUAUAAACAAAUGGCGAUAUUACUUUUUAACUUUCGAUAGUACGAAAUAAAUAUCAAUUAUUACUGGAAAUGGUGUCAGAAAAAGGCGCUCUCUUUAUGUCGUGUUGCAAUGAUUAUUACUAGUGUUAACUGUAUUCAAGGUCCUUUGACCAUAUGUUUUGAGACCCAUGUUUAUUUCAAUAUCCACAAUGCCUUAAUGCAUUGCUCGGUCAAAAUACGUGUCAACAUCGCAAUGAAUCGUAAUCUUUCAAAUUUUUGUAUCUGGAUUAGUGUCUAUUGAUUAAAAUAUUUGUUUGGCGUGUGUUUUUUUCCCCUCAACCGUUUUCAGCCCCGGAGAUGCUAAAAGUGUUUUAUUGAUUCUUUUCUGCCCCCUUUAGUUCUCUAUGAACGGAGGCCGCAUGGAACAGAUGAUUAGGUUAAAAUGCCCGUAUUCUUCAGAGCCAAAAUGGCAUGGGCGUUUCUCGGACGGGUGAGUACAAUGUUGAUGUGUGUCAUAUAACUAAGAUCAAUAGUCAAGGUUUCAUUUCUGCACCCCAACCCUCGCCCCCACAACACUCCCCUCCAACUCUAACUCCUCCCACCCCAAUUCCCCCAACCUAAGUCCCCCACCCUAACUCCCCCACCCCAACUCCCCAACCCCAAUUCCUGCCACCCUAACUCCCCAACUCAGUUUCCCCCCUCAACUACAAAACAACCACGUACAAAAAAAACUCAUCUAUUUUUAGAAGGUUCGCGUGUUGUUGAUGAUUUCUGUGACCUGAUUAUGAUAUCUGAACAAUCUUGUGUCCCGGUUUGACAGAGUCCCCAGGGGCGUUUAUGUAUGGGAAGGAUCAACACUACUAAUCACAUUUCAGCUCGAUACUGCUUAUUGUUUUACAAACGAUACUCGCGCAGAACUUUCCGAUCUAUGACAAGCUAUACAAUUUUAGACAUAAAAUAGCAUAUGGUUUUCCUCUACUGAAUUUACAUUAUAAAACUCUACAAAGUGGCACUUGAUAAGCUUUCAUUGUGCAUCAAUAAACCAGACCCCAUCCACAGCGUGACGUAAUCAACUGAUCUAAUAUGUUAAUCUGUUCCAAGGAAAGUUAUUAAAAGAUGCACUCCUCUGUGUCGGUAAGCAGUUGAUAGUGUCUCGUCCAAUUUUCCACCACAUGCAGUGACAGGGAAUAACAAAACAUUAUGACAUGGGGUAUACGUUGUUCACACAUGGGACACAUUGCGAACUACACACGGGACAAAUUCGAGCAACACACGGGAUCAAUGCAAGCCACACAGUGGGGCACAUUCAAACGAAACACGGGGCACAUUUGAGCCACACCAGCGGCACAUGUACAAAACAAACUGCGCACAUUGCGAGCCACACACGGGGCUCCGAUGGGGCACACACGGGCAGUGUGACGUAUACGUCUGACAACCACGUUUUUAGAUUUAAAGCCGAGUAGUCCACUUCUGUUACGUCAGUGAGAAUUGCAAAUACAAUAGGACUAAAAUCUGACCAUCUUUUCCCAGAGACACGUCAUCCUGGCAGAAUGUCAACUCCGAGUUCAUGGCCCGUCUUCAGCCUCACUCCAAGAAGGACGUGGACGAGUACUGGAUGACCUACGGCGACUUCCGGUGCAACUUCGGGGGACUCUUCGUCAUCAGCUCGCCGGAGCCGUUCCACCUGGACGGUUUCAACAUCCAGAGAACGUACCGGACGUACAGCGACGCCGGCUUGCAUCACGCUGAGCCGUGGUGCGAGACCGGCUACAGGAGCAGGGCUCGGCGCUUCACGUCGCCCAACAACAGCUUCGUCCGAGACAUGGUCAAGAGGCGCACCAACAGCGACUCCGAGUGCCACUCCCACGUGUAUGGGGAUCCCGUCAGCGCCCCGUGCUCGCCGUCCAGAACUGAAACCAGGAGAGGGGAGCACGCGGACGCCGCCAUGAGGAGACGGUUGUUCGUGGCCAAGGAGCGGGACAGCAGGGCGCAGUGCUCGGUGGAGGGGCGGCCGUGCGGCUCUCCCAGGCACCAGCUCGCCUCUCAGCAACUCGGCCAGGACCAGCAAAGCCACAUCGACGACAGCAGCACAUCAAACAAACAUUUCUCCACUUCCUGUUUACCGAGUCCACGGCGGCGGAAAUCCACCGGGGAAAAACUGAAAGAUUCACCGCGGGGCGCUGACGGGAGCCCGACGGCGAAAGGUUCUCAUGCCCUGAAAAAGACACCGAAAACAAACUUCAUGAAGAAGCACAGCCUGGACACGACCCUCCACGGACUUUCAUUAUCGUCAUCGCAUCAGUACGCCAGCACGGACAUCGGAGCCGCGUCCGUCUCGUCCUCAGACCAAGAUUCGUCUGUCUGGGCGUCGCCCGUUUCACCCGAAGCCAGCGUCUCCGGCGUCUCAUCACCGUGCUCGUCUCUCGCCAACACGCCCGAGGACAGCCAGACAUCUGCUGCCAUGUUCACCGUGUGCCCCGCCACGCCGGCCAGUCAAAGCAUCACCGACAGCUGUCACACGCUGACCAACGUGGCGCUACGGAUGGCCGCCGAGGACGGCCGACGUCCGCGCAGCGCCCCCAAUCCGUCGGGCAUCACCAGGGAGUUACUGUCUGGUUCCCUGAGUUCCUUGACCCAAAGUUCUUUCCUGGCAACUAGAGGGGACUUUUUCCGGUCAGAUGGGAAAUGGAAAGUCAUCUUGGAACAUCGUGAUGUCUGGAAAAGUAAGGUUUUAUCUUUGAAAGUAUCUUUCUAUGGGUUUUAUUUCAUUAUUCACUGUACUUCAAAAGUAAUUUUUGCAAAGUAGUACAAAGUGUUGUUUUGUUUUGUUUGUUUGUUUAUUUGUUUGUUUAUUUGUUUGUGUAUUUGUUUGUUUAUUUGUUUGUUUAUUUGUUUGUGUAUUUGUUUGUUUAUUUGUUUGUGUAUUUGUUUGUUUAUUUGUUUGUGUAUUUGUUUGUGUAUUUGUUUGUUUAUUUGUUUGUUUAUUUGUUUGUGUAUUUGUUUGUUUAUUUGUUUGUGUAUUUGUUUGUUUAUUUGUUUGUGUAUUUGUUUGUUUAUUUGUUUGUGUAUUUGUUUGUGUAUUUGUUUGUUUAUUUGUUUGUUUAUUUGUUUGUGUAUUUGUUGUUUGGUGGUUUGUUUGUUUUUUUGGUUGGGGGUUUGUUGGUAUUUUUUAAAACAUUUUUAUAUCCACGUUUUCCCAUUUAAAAGUUUUUUUAUUAGAGAAAAAGACAUUGACAUGCUUUCAAAUAUGUGUUGUUGAUGAACAGAUUUUGUAGAGAAACAAUAAGAGGGGAGGGGAAUAAAGACGUGAUGAUUGAUGUGUCUAUCUCUAAUGCCACUGUUACUCUUUUGAAUUGUUCAUCUCUGUGACAGUAACUAUUGCUCAUCUAUGCCCCUGCUUUGUACUGCUCUCGCAUUCAGUGCCUUCUAUCACCCGUCCAACAUUUCACUGUUCCGUUAACGCUGUUCUCAGGAGACACGCCCAGCGCCGACAGGACACGGCUUGACAUCCACUCCAAGACCCACAGAGUUUACUUCCUGGUCACACGCCAUGAACUCAAGGACCCUCUGGUGCCGCCCACACUCCAGGACAAGCGUCACGUGCUCAUCUCUCUGAUACAGGACUACAGGCACGGGCCGUGCACGGCCAACUCCUUGCUGGUGCCCAUUGGUUUUUGUCUGUACCGGGUCAGUUGCGUGACCUACAUUUUAGAUUAG